GCCCUUGGUUCCGACGAGGAAGUUCUAAAGAAGCAGCUUGCUCCAGCCUUGGACUUUGUCUUGGAAGCCAUCCUGCGCAUGCAGAAGGCUCUGGACCCGGUUUGCAAGCAGACGUCGCGACUGACACAGGUAGCUUCGCUGGGCGAACUGGUGCGCAGUUGCGUUCCAGCAGCUCUCUUUCCUCGACUGCCCUUGACCCAAGCCCGCUUGGAAAGGCAUUGGCCCAUCAAGCCAGCCCAGGCACCGAAGAAGAAGCUGAGCUUGCUGACGCAGACGUCUGCAUUGAAACCCUGCACUGCUUCCGGCUAUGCGAGCUCCCAGGGGCAAGGCUUCACGAAAUUCAUCACGGAGACAUCUCCAUGUGACAAACAAGCGUAG